CGAGCGUCCUGUCACGGCAGUUAAGAUCAAGUCCGAUGUCCGUUUGAUCAUCAGCUAGGCACCUCACAUUGAACUUGGCAGCUUCCCAGCCGUCAUCAAAGAUCUAAUUCGGAACCCCUAGAAUCAUCUACCAGCUUGCCUUGAGGAAGUCGCAUGGCUGAUAUAGCGCUUGAACAUAGGGACAUGCCCAGUCCACAGUAUAAAGCUUAUACUCAACCUGUAUUUGGUGUGCCUGUAUCCGUCGUUCUUGCCUAUGGUGUGUAUGCAAUGCCUAUCCUCCCUCAUAACACCACGAGUCUCUUGCCAGAUAUAUCUAAUGCUUGCAAUGACCUACGCAAUUGUCAAACUAUGUGGAGUAUCAUCUAUACCUGUCUGCUCACGAUUAUUGCGUGCGUUUGGACGGCCGUACACCCAGAUAUACCAAAGCCCGGCCAUUCCCUGUUGCCUGGAGUGUCCCGUGGCCCCUUGAUGAUACUUUCACUCGUUGCACCGGAGGUGCUUCUGGGGGGAGCGUUGGGAGAUCUCCUGGACGCUCGGAGAAUAUCAAAAGGAUGCAGGAUGAUCGAAGGGUGGACGGCUACGCAUUCAUUCUUUGUCAUCAUGCGUGGCUUCUUCGACCCAUCCAGAGGAGCAGUGAUUCCCAAGAGGAACGAAGAUCCCUUGGACGUCCUCGGGCAAUACCCUGGCAUAAUUGUGGAGUCUGGGAAUGCUAGGAAGGCCGCAGUAACAAAGGAGGAAAUUCUUGACAAAAGCAAAGGGGACUGGUUUACGAAAUUUAUCGUUAUCCUUCAACUAUUAUGGUUUAUCGUUCAUUACAUCGAACGAUGGACGGGCGGUUUGCAUCGGUCGCAACUCGAGACAAUGACAUUGGCGUAUGCGACACUAAGUGUCAUCGAUUACAUAUUGUGGUGGCAUAAACCCACUCUGAUCCAACUCCCGAUCCGUGUGACGAAAGAUUCCAGCCGUUCUGGUCCUCCGGAUGUCAAUGCCGAUCAGCCAGCGCCCAGCGUGGAGAAUGGGGCAGUUCUGAAUCUCACUCUAGCGGAGGUCGUUGGAUAUGGCCCUGUUUGGGCUAGUGUAACCGCGGGCAUCAUCUUCGGGGGGAUCCAUUGCUUGGCAUGGUCAUUUCCCUUUCCAACACCCAAGGAGACCAUUCUGUGGCGGAUUUCAGCGAUAAUUAUUGUGGCGUGCCCUAUUCCUUAUGCCUUGCAUAUGUCAACACGACGGAUCACUCUCCUCCCUGCAGACGAUACUUAUGGUUCUGCUCUUGGAAAUUUUUUCUUUUAUAUGACUCGUCGCCAGGCUGCUGAUUUUUGCUCUUACGUAGCUAGAAUAUGUGGGUUUCUCAUGGAAGCCUCUUACGUCAUUGCCCGGAUUAUCUUGCUUGUUCUUACCAUCACUUCUCUGCGUUCGCCCCCCCCUGAUCUUUACCAGACCCCAUCUUGGACCUCAUUUCUCCCACAUCUUGGAUAGAUGUAUGUACUGUGCUUCAUAUUCC